AUGGCUAACGUGUUAUUUGGUUUCGAUGGUUACAUGGCUGGGGGAGAUUUCACUGUAGUAUUAUGCCAGAGAAUAAAAGACAUACAUUUACUUGGUAUAGUGUUCGUGUUAAUUUCCAUUGAUGUUAUAAUAUUAUUACUCUGGGUGUGUUUGGAUCCAUUACGUCACGAAGAAAAGGAGCUGCCUAGCCGAUUGUCUACAGAUGGUCCUCUUGACAUAAAUAUAAUUCCUGUUAUUGCCGAGUGUUCUUCAUCUUAUCUCACCAUAUGGUUGGGACUUCUUUAUGGAUACAAAGGUGUAAUAUUACUAUUUGGAUGCUUUCUGGCGUGGGAAACAAGAAACGUUCGUUAUACACAGCUUAAUGAUUCACGUUUGAUAGGAUUUGCUGUGUACAACGUCAUGGUUUUAUGUCUACUCGGUGUACCUACGUCAUUCAUAGUGCCAGCAGAGCAAGCUGAUGUUAAAUAUGCCAUUAGUGGUUUAUCUAUUGUCUUGUGUACAACCACCACACUGUGUAUAGUGUUCGUACCUAAGGUGUUAGACCUAAGGAACAGCGACGUGGCCCCCGAGAUUACUGGAAUGACAUUACAGACCGGUGCCAAUGGAAGUCGUGUUGAGACAGUGGUUACCUGUGCAUUUAAACACACUAGCGGUUCGUGUUUUAAAGCGGAAGAGGAAUUAAAGAAACUACGAGACCUCUACAGAGAAGCACAUGAUGCAGUUAUUACAUAUCGCAGACAG